UUCUUACUUCUCUCUCUCUAUAAUCUAUGGAGAACUACUCGAGUUUUGCAGAAUGCCGAUUUGAGAUUUUCAGAAUUUUCGUUGUUGUGCGGUGCCUUAUGUGAAAUAAUUAAAGGAAUUUAAGAGUUAUUUUCCUAAUUAAAACUCGCUGAGAAAAACUUGAAAAAUGGAAGGUGAUAAAUCGGAUACUCCUAAGACAUAUUCUGGAAUACCAGAGGCAGUAUUUGUUGAUAAUGUAGAUGAGUUUAUGAGCAAGCCUGAAAAUGCUGGUGGUGUGGACGUAGUUUUGAAGAGCCUUGAUGAGCAACAUUCAAAAUAUAAACACAUGGAAAUGUCACUGGCAACAAAACGAAGGCGACUCAGGCAACAGAUACCAGAUUUGGCUCGUUCUUUGGAAAUGAUUGAAAAGCUUAAAACCCAAAAAGAGGAAAUGCAAACAGAGUUUCUGCUUAGUGAUCAAGUAUUUGUUAAGGCAAAUGUACCACCCACUGAAAAAGUAUAUUUGUGGCUUGGUGCAAAUGUAAUGUUAGAAUAUACAUUAGACGAUGCAGAGAAGCUACUAUCAUCAAAUAUGGCUACUGCUAAGAAGAAUCUAGCUUGUGUGGAGCAUGAUUUAGAUUUCUUAAGGUAAUUAAAUUCAGAUGUUAUAGUGAAUU